AUGGCGCCCGUUGCUAACUACGGAACCGUGCUGCCUAUCGGGUCAUCCUCGAGUUCACAGAGGUUAGAAGAGCGAAUACGAACACGGGUCAAACGUGAAAAAUUACAUUUAUCCAAGACCCAAAGCGCGAAUUUACUAACCGGAAGGUCCGUAGUUCGAACCCGACCUCUGCCUCUCGACUUCCCCUGUCCAGGAUUGGGCAACCUGUCAGUAUCCCAGCCUCCUUCGGGUGGCGUGACAGCUAGGCACCGGAAGGGUGCUACGGCUGGACGAUAUCAUUAUGCUGGACGUGGAGAUGGUGUUGGGACCCUCAGCUUGAAAAAUUAUGGAGCAGAUGGGCUUUGCUCGAACUUAUUGCAACAUCCACACAAGUCUCAAUGCAUCGUCAUUUUGUUUUCACGUAAGGGGGACUGGAAACAGGAGAAUUGCAGAUCCUCACCCAGCUGCAUUAAGUAUUUCGGCAUCCUUACCUGCCUAAGUAGUACGCCGAAAUGUGCAGGCAGUUGCAUUCAGUCGUGGUUGAAAGUUGAGGGCAAGCGGAAAUCAGCACAUGUUGAGCCAUUCCAUGCAGCCACGGAAGACCCACCAGUUGAGAUGCUGUAG